AUGACCGAAACGGUUUCAUCCCUCUCCGGAGAAUACAUCUUGAUGGGCUCCCCAAGUCUCAAGGUCAAUGUUGAGUCAAGUCACGACAACCCCGCGUGCAAUUGCGCUGCGACUGCGACUGCAUCAGCGUCAGCAUCAGCAUCAGCUUCGGCAUCAUCAUCUUACCCUGGUCAGCUACCUGAAUGCCGGCCCAUUGGAGUGAACACACCCAGCUCGACUCCAUCAGACUCGGAUAGCCCCAAGUCUUCUGACUCUUCGAGCUCACCUGAUAGUCCCGACACAAACCCAGUAACUCCAUCAGACUUAGACAGCCCUAACUCCUCUGGUUAUCCCGCCGUAGGUAGCGGUUCGCCGAACAUGGGAAACACCAGCUCACCUGACAGUCCCGGAACAAACACGGAAACGCCAGACCCAAAUAGCACCAACUCCGCGGAUUACCCUGCUGUAGGUAGUGGGUCACCGGACAUGAACAACACCAGCUCACCAGGCAGUCCUGCCACAAACGCAGAAACGCCAUCAGACUCUAACAUCCCCGGAUCUUCUGGUUAUCCUGGCUCACCGGACACGAACACCACAAGCUCACCUGGCAGUCCUACAACUAACCAAUCGUCACCCAUCGAAGACUGUGAAAAGAAUUCAACUGACUCUACCCCAGUUGUCACCAGCGGAGAUGGAAAUGUACCACCUUCAUCUUUCAGUCCAUCUGACUCACCAACAGACACGAACAACGCUGAUUCCGGAAACCCUACCCCAACGGAUGUUGAUUCUCCCUCAAACUACACCCAGUAUGACGACCAAACUCCUGAUUCUCAACCAAAAGGCAACACUACCCCGCUUCCUGAUGCUGGGAACUUUCCAGUGGAAAUGAUGAUCAAAUGUCCACUCCCCAAGUCACCAGUCCGACUGAACCAACCCAGCCGAGCACGUCUAACUGCACUGAAUCUGAAGGUAACCAAUCCCGCGACAAAUCCACAUGAUUUUACCACUUUGGUCCCUGGCACCGAUCAAAACACGCCAAAAGAUUCCAAUUCCGAUCUUCCAGUCCCUGAUCAACAGUCUCCUCAAAUAUCUAGUGGAAGUGAUAACCAAGAUCAACUCACCCCGACCCCAGAUGAGUCUAACAAUACCGGAAAUCAAUCGCCAACAUCAUCGGGAGAUGAGACGCCCUCUCCUUCAUCUUACAGCCCUGAAUCACAGUCAGACAACAGUCAAGCUCCUUACGUUGACACACCUCAAUCUUCUUCAGGAGACAUCUCGCCUGCCUCUGUUCAAUCGGGAGCUAACAAUUCAGCCAACUCCGGCGCGCAAAGCCAAUCAGGUUACCCUGACGUUCCCGCAUCGAAUGGGCAGCCUGACUUCAAUCAAACCGGAGCCGCUCCCUGCAAUGAAACUUCAUCCGAUUCAAUCAAUUCCACACAGACUACUUCCGGGCAGUCACCAAGUCCAUUGACUACGAACACUACUGAUCCGGAUGACACACCCCUCAACUCGGAUAACACGCUCGUUCCGAGUGAUGACCAGACCACCACUGACAGUUUCCCCCCAAAUCCGACUAAUUUGAGUGACAUUAUGACGGAGGUCCCUAGCGAUUCGUACAAUCCUUCGAACAGCUCUUCAUCAACCGCAACAUCAUACUUGAACUCUACUGAUGGCUACAGCAAUGAUAACACGACCACUCCGGGAACUGACAACUGCACUGAGUCUUCCAUUCCGGACAACUCAACUUAUGCAUCUAACACCAUAACCAAUUCCUCAACUGGCUUAAAUCAGUCUUACGGAACCAGCAACUCGACAUCGCCUGAUACGAGCUCAUCUGACACAAAUAGCUCCCAGACGUCCACGGACUCGUAUGGAAAUUCUAACCCUACAAACCCAACAGACUCUACUGGAUCCCAAUACACAUCUGACUCAUACGUUCCUAACAACACGAGUGACUCCUACAACAGUUCCGUACAGAAUCCUACCCAAUCCCAAGGAUCAGCCCCAGGAGCCAAAUGUACAGAAUGCGAAGAAGGAAACCAUGGAACCAUUUCCGUGACCAAUUCAAGUUCUUCUUCUCAAUCAAAUUCUUCAUCUAGCAGUCAAACCAACAUGACUUUAAUCAAUUCAAACUCAUCUGAACCUUGUGAAAACUCUACAUUACCAAACACCACAUCUACCACCAAACCUACCUCUGUUCAUGGUUCUGAUGAUAUUUUAAGUGUCGAUGUUCCAUCUCCAUUCGCAAAUGAUACUAGUACUUUCCCUACCGACGCUCCUACUCCAGGUCAUGAAUGUAAAGAAUGUGAGAAGGGUGCUUCGUAUCCUAUGAUCAGUAACACCACGAUUUCCAACGCUACAGCCCAGGCUUCAGCCAAUGCUUCAUCGAGCGUCUCUAGCUCAAACUCACCUUAUGGAUCUCAAUCAGGUGCUAACAGUCACUCGACAAGCAAUUCAGCUACUCCAGAUCAAGCACAAACCGGAUUACCUACGAAUGCAAAUGCCACAUCUAACGCUUUCAGUGGUUCCAAUUCCAAUGUACCCGGUUCAACCAUGAAAACUAGCACAAGUAGCUCAUCUGCUUCCUCUGCUUCAUCAUCUACGACCUCUACUACUGUCGUUCAACCCUUGAGCCGAUCCCAAAAGAGGCGUAGUAUAACUCUCAAUUGAUGAUUUGUAUUCCACGGUUUUUUUUGAAAGAUGAUUUUUUUUUUGUACUUUGUCUGUCUCUCUCUCUCUCUCGUUCUGUUUUGAUUUGAAAAAUUGUUUCCGCUCAUAUCAAAAAUAUCACGUUUCUUGGACAUUUGUUAUCAUGCUUGGUAAAGAAAAAAAAUCGCAUUACACUCAUUUUCUUUCAUCACUCGCUGCACUGUUAUGUCAUGUUUUCUUUAUGUUUUCAGAUAUAGAAAAAAUUGGAAUAAAUGAAAUCAUGUUUUUGUCUC